AUGAAGAUCUUCUCCGUCUUCAGUGCCUGGUCGGCGAUACUGUCGUGUACGGCUGUCGCUUCCGCACAGUCCAGUCCCGACCCGAUUGGCACCAUCUAUGAUGGCCAUGUGCCAGCCGAUCUAUACGGAUCUAAUUAUUCCUACCCUUGGCAGGUGAAGCUGUUCAACUUCUCCAAUCAGCGCCAGAAUCUGACAAUGGCGUUCAUGGACAUACCAGCAAAGCAUCACCACAAGAAUGAGAAGACAGCGGUCUUGCUACACGGUGGAAACUUCUGCAGUGUGACUUGGUCCGACACGGCGCGCCGCAUGUCGGACGCUGGCUAUCGAAUCAUCCUGCCCGACGAUAUUGGAUUUUGCAAAUCUAGCAAGCCUCAAGGCUAUUCGUACAAUGUUCAACAGCAGGCAUCGAACAUCAACAGCCUGCUUACUGCACUAGGCAUCGAUCAAGCUACUAUAAUCGGCCACUCAAUGGGUGGCAUGAUCGCCGCCCGCUACGGCCUUAUGUACCCAAGCAAGGUUCAGCAGCUGAUCCUCGUCGAUCCCCUGGGCCUAGAGGACUGGGUCGCCAAAGGUGUUCCCUAUUUGCCAAUUGACGCAACGUACGCAAGCCAGGUGGUGCAGAAUUUUUCCACUCUCAAAGAGUAUGAGCAAGCCAGCUACUUUCACGAUGCGACCUGGAAGCCUGCAUAUGAUACAUGGGUCCACAUGCUAGCCAACAUCUAUUCCAGCAACUAUGGCUCCGACUAUGCCUACGUGAUGUCCCUCGUUACAGACGCUUUACUCUCCCAGCCUGUAUUCUACCAGCUGCCUCUUCUGCAGACUCGUACCUACCUCAUGGUAGGAGAGGACGACGUGACAGCGCUUGGCAAAGCAUGGUCAUCCCCCAACAUUGCUGCGAAGCUGGGCCAUUACGAUGAACUGGGUCCUGCUGCCGCAGCCAUGAUUCCUAAUUGCACAUUCCACAUGUUCCCCGGUCUAGGUCAUGCCCCCUUCCUUCAGGACGCGGACGCGUUUUACGAGGUGCUAUUCUCUUGGCUGGACUAG